GUAGCCUCACAAACACAGAACGAGCAAGACUAUGAGGAGGAUGAGGAGCGACAUGAAUUAAGGAAGAAUAGCACAAAGGAAAACUGGAUGAAGAAGGCCAACAUUACAAAGAUCUGAACAAAAAGGACGAAAAUGCCAGCAUUUUUUACCUGGAGAGGCGCAUCUUGGAUAUAGAGGAUAGAAGAAAUAUUUUUUAGGGAAUUGAUAACACAAAGACACCGCAGCAUCCAGGAACACAGUUACUGAGUUUGAUCCAAAUUAUUUUUCACAUGAUUUCUUUUAACUCUUUCAGCAUGCUCCCUUUGCUGUCUCUGUAUGUAGGAGCACUGCUGUCCUCAGAUGCGUCUGCAGCCUGCUUACAUCCACCUUGCAGGGACAGUUUAGUGGCUAAACCUGCUUCACAGGGGCCAGGAGCAGCAGUGACUACCAGGGCCUGUGAAGGUCAGGCUGGGACAAGUGCAUGCAGAUUAGGUGCUUCUGUUCCUGGCGUCUCAGAUGGUCCUCAAAGGGCGGAGCAAAGACCGGAUUUCUCUCAGAUUCAGUUUAAAACUGGAGGUGUCAAAGAGCGCCUGGUUCAGCUGCAGCACUGCAUGAGCUCUCUCUCAGGAGGCCCGUGGCAUAACGAGGAGCGUGAGAGCGGCUCUCUAGGGGCCAUCCUGGCCCUGAUGGCAGCUGUGCUGACAGAGUGUGACCUUCACUGUCACAGCCAAGCACUUGGAGUGAUGGCCAAGCGACUAGAGAGUGCAGCGUUGGGCAGCAGAGAAGGUGAAAAAGACUUGCUGCUUUUUCUGAAGAGCAUCACACAGUAUCCACCUACAGCUGCUCCCAGGGAGAAGGUACAUCCACAGGAUUGUGCAGAGAUUUACAGACUUGGGAUCAAAGAGACUGGUAUCUAUACAAUCCAACCUGAUCUGCAUGGACCAACAUUAGAGGCUAAAUGUGACAUGGAGACAGCGGGCGGAGGGUGGACGCUGAUCCAGAAUCGGCAGGACGGCUCAGUGGACUUUAACAAGACUUGGCAGGAAUACCGGGAAGGCUUUGGUAGUCUGCAGGGUGAGCACUGGCUGGGUAAUGCAGCACUGCAUGCGCUCACCUCCACUGGCCAACAUCAGCUGCGCAUUGAGCUGGAAGACUGGUACCAACAAAAGCGCCAGGCGACCUACAGCAACUUCAAGGUGGCCUCAGAGGCACAAAGGUAUCGCCUGACAGCCCACGAGUACUCUGGUGAUGCUGGCAACGCUCUGAGCUACAGUAAGCGCUACAACCACGAUGGCAGACCUUUCAGCACUGCUGACAGAGACCACGAUAGGUACGUCUCUGGAAACUGUGGUCAGUAUUAUGGUGCAGGCUGGUGGUUUGAUGCCUGCCUGGCAGCCAACCUGAAUGGGCGGUAUUACCGCGGACGGUACACCGGUUUGACCAACGGGAUCUACUGGGGGACAUGGUACAUCCUGACAGAUGGAAGGACUGGGGAACGCUACUCCUUCAAGAGGGUGGAGAUGAAGACAAGACCCAAAAACUUUGGGGGAACCAAAUGAGGAACACAAACUCGAAUUUGAGAAGGUUUACUGCACAGUAGACUCCUGUUGUAUGAACAUGAUGCUUUGUGAUGGCUUUUAUUUUAUAGAUGACUGUUUCUAAAACAACUUUCUGCUAAUAUUUACAUGGAUUUCAGUGAAUGGAUUAAAAAAUAUACUGAGUU